UGACCGGUAACGUUUGGGGCGUUUCGGUCAGCCGCGGUCGCGGGCAAUCGGAAAACGAGCGGCUGAAACCGACUAGGUUACGUUAUCACGUCAGUCAUGCCACAUGGUUGAAACCGUACCGCGGCGGUGACAAGUCGUGUAGGUAUAUACUACUGCUGUUUUCGCGUGUGGCGUGGUGGGACGACGUAUUGGCACUCGAACGAUGAUCGGAAAAUCCGUACGGGAAAUUUGGAAAACAUUUACCUACUGAAUGAAAAUAAAAAAAAAAACCAUCUCGUGCGUUCGCUCAUAAUUACAUAAUAACGCAGAUCAAAAUAACUAUAUUCUAUUCCUCACCCGAAUAUUAAUCAUAUCAUAGAACGUUUUUGUGCCGACGCGACGCAGAGGAUCGCCCAGGAAAACCAUUUGGCACUUGAAAAAAAAUCCGUUUGGAGUGAAUACGAGCUACGAACUCUUACAUAUAUAAAAUUGAGAACUCGAACAACCACAUCAAUAUAAUUGUAUCAUAAAUCAAACGAAAAAAAUUUAAUAUUAAUGGUGUGAUAAAAAUGUAUACACUCUUCAAUAUGCACGUCAUCGUCAUGCCAAUAUAGACGAUGACCGUAUUGAUGUACAACAGUUGACAGCCACUUCUUGAACAAUUAUGGACGGCGGCCACUCUGUCGUCAACGAUACGUCCAACAGCACGCUAGCCGUCGACGAGUAUGACUACUCGGCGCGACCGGAAACGUACAUAGUUCCGGUACUGUUCGCGUUCAUAUUUUUCGUGGGAACCAUCGGAAAUGGAUCUCUGGUGUUGAUAUUCAUCCGGCACAGGCACAUGAUCAACGUGCCGAACAUAUACAUACUCAGUCUGGCGCUGGGCGAUCUUCUGGUCCUGUUGAGCUGCAUACCGUUCACGUCUACCGUCUACACGGUGCCGUCGUGGCCGUUCGGUUUGACCAUCUGCAAGGUGUCAGAGACCACCAAGGACAUAUCGAUCGGCGUGACCGUGUUCACGCUGACCGCCCUGAGCGCUGACCGGUUCUUCGCCAUCGUGGACCCGAUGCGCAAGCUGCACGCCUCCGUGGGCGGCCGCCGGGCCACCAAGUUCACCGUCACCGUGGCCGUGACCAUAUGGUGCCUGGCGAUAGCGUGCGCCUUGCCCGCGGCCACCAACUCGUACGUCCGGCAGUUCCGGCAGGACAACGUGACGCUGUUCGAGGUGUGCUAUCCGUACGCCGAGGAACUGGGACCGGCCUAUCCGCGGAUCAUCGUCGUCGUCCGGUUCCUCGUCUACUACGUGGUGCCGCUGUCCGCCAUUGCGUGCUUCUACACCAUGAUGGCGCGGCACCUCAUCAACAGCACCAGAAACAUGCCCGGCGAGGUCCAGGGACAGAUGCGUCAAGUCCGGGCCCGGAAGAAAGUGGCCAAGACCGUGAUGGCGUUCGUGCUGGUGUUCGCCGUGUGCUUCCUGCCCUAUCACAUGUUCAACCUGUGGUUCUACCUGAACCCCAAGUCCCAGGACGAGUACAACUUGUUCUGGCACGUGUUGCGCAUCGUCGGCUUCUGCCUGUGCUACAGCAACUCGUGCAUCAAUCCCAUCGCGCUCUACCUGGUCAGUGGCACGUUCCGCAAGCACUUCGACCGGCAGCUGUUCUGGUGGAUCGUCAAGUCGCAGGGCGGCACGGUCACCGAGUCCAAGAACGGCUACAUGCGCCGGAAGAACGGCACCCGGGAGAUGGACCGGAUCACCAUCAACGAUUCGACCACCAUGGGCAACGUGCAGAUGAGCACGUUCGCCAAGCGGGCCGCGGACCACACCACCACCACGGCCACCACGGUGCUCAUCUGUGCCGGGCUCAACGACGCCAACACCAUUAUAUAGGUACUAUUUUGAUCUGAGAGCCUUUCAUGUCUGCAAAUUGUGCAAAUUAUCUCAUAGUUGUCCAUAACGCGAAACUACUACAUGACGUUCAGAAUAAACGAAAACAGCUUGAUUCCGGAUUCGUGAUAAUACAAUAACAAUAUUAACAUUGUGUGUUUAAAUGUUUAAAUUCGGAUAGUGUUUGCUCUGCGAAAUCUGAUUCAAUGGCGUGUGCGGUGUACCUACCUAUUAAUUUUGAAUUUUAUGCGUUCAAAUCAUCCGUGAAAUUGUUUAACCUUUUCAUAACUCAUUUUUAAAUACAUUUAUAAUAACUGUUAUAAGAUUAUUUUUUCAAGUGUAUUUAAUGUCGACCGACCGUUUUUUUAAAUUAUAUACAACAGACUACUAUAAUAAACUAAUAAUUAUAAUAUAAAAUAAAUAUAAAUAACACUAAUAAAUGAUAAACUUUUAAAACAAUAUAAGACCAAAAUACGUCGUCACAGCACCAGAUGAUGCGAUAAUAAUUUUUUUUUUAUCCUUUUUCUGCGCUUAUAUUCUGUUGACGUUAUGUUUUAUCCACCAAAUUCGGGUAUUUAAUUUUUAUAAUUAAUUGCAACGCAAACAUUAACAAAUUUUAUAUGUGAACUAACCGUAGGGUAAGAAUAAAUAAUGUAUCAACUGUAUUGGUUGUAACCAACCGGUAAUUUUGGAUUAAAUUCUAAAAAUUUUCUGUGAAAAAUAUUAACACGUUUUUGACGUAGGUACUAUAAUAUACGCGUACAGCGUACACUCACAUUUUCCGUGUCGUUUUUCUGUGAGUUCGGUCACCUACAAACAAAGAAAAAAAAAAUACAUCCGUAACGAUAGUAAUCUAAUAGCGAUUGAAAUUCUGUCAAAAACCGGAAUGAUGAUAUUGAUAAAAGUGUAAAAUAUCUGAAUUCAACUGCUGUAAAAGUUAACGAUGCAGAAGAUAAUAUUCGUGUCUCGUUCAAAAACAGAGACAGUGUUCACAGCUAACACCGUAAAUUUGUUUUCAUUCUGAUAGCCAUGAAUGUAUUAUACGUAUUUAUUUUAUAAUGAGCUUUUUUUUCUGCAAUUUACUACAACAGUGUUUCUGUCCAUUUCUACAGGUCUGUAUUAUUAUAAUGAGUAUAUUUUUUGGCCACUCAGAGACGGCUAGCUGUAUCAGUGAUUAACAUUUGCAUAUAAAUAUAUAAUUGCGCCCAUAAAAUAUAGCUAGCACUGCGUAUUUGUGUACCAUUUAAGUUAACAUAAUGUAGGAGUUACGACUUUUGAGGAAAUCGUUUAAUUUAUUUAAUUUUCUCGUUACCAUUUAAAUUACAAAUUAUUUCUCGUUUCUACCUAAAUUCUACAGACGAUGAUUUUCGAUUGUCAUUUUGAGUUUUUUUCGAAAUUUAUAAUCGAGGGACUUUAUUAUUUUGAAAUACUUGCAAAAAGCCACACGAUAAAAGAAAUAUGAUACAUUAUUAAUAAUAUUAUACUUUAACAAGCCAGAAAUCUAUAAUACAAAACGUAUAUUAUGUUUAUUGUUAUAAAAUAUGUACGAAUGGACUUCAAUUAAAAUUAAUAUUUAAUAUCGCAUUAAUUUUAUUUUUUUAAUAUGCGGCUGAUGUUAAAUAGUUGCUGUCUUUACCCUCAAUCGUAUCAUAAUUAUCAGAUUGUGGUGAUAAUCCCUAUUGUUAUAUUUUAAUAAGAACAUUUCAAUAAUAAAUUAUUAUAAAUUAUUAUUUUUUUGCGAUUUUAUGUUUUUACAAAAUAUAGAAAAUUCCAUGACGAUAUUUUAACAACGACACUACGUCAUUAUUGUUGGCAUAUUACAAUGUUUCAAUUCCAAGAAUGCUGAUAAAAAAAUGUAUAAAACUAUAAAAUAUACACAGAGAUUCGCCAAGUAUGAUCAUCACGUUGUUUGCUUUAAUAAUGCAUUUAACAGAAACUACUCGUUCGAGUUUUGGUUUAAAUGCACAAACAUUUUCUAAAAAAUCAUCUACAUAUUAAUUUACAGUAAAAAAGGUUGGUACUCGUAUGAUAAAAAAAAGUUUGGACCACAUGACACUCUUUACUCUUCAGAAGGUCACGUGGGGUAAUUAUUACAUCACUCGUUUUAAACUAGGUAUGUUUUAGUGUUAUUUGGGAUAAUGUAAGUGAUGAGAUUUUUAAUAGCUUCUAUUCGUGUGUCAUGAAAAGAUUAAAAAAAAUGCAAAUGUGUUUUUAUUUACGUAUUUAUAUUUAUUUAAAUCAUACAUUUUUAAUUUAAAAUUAAUAAACCUUAAAGAAAAAUGCAUUAUGUUUAAUCAAGGAAAAUGUUUAACAUGCGCAAUGGAUUAGGUAGGUACUCUGAACCCGCGAAAAAAAACUAAAUAUUAAAACAUAGUAUACAAAAUUAAAAUAUUUCAAAACAUGGUCCUUAAUAAACUUAAAAAUUCUAAAAAUCAAUACUUUUAUAAAUGUAUUGUUAAAUAAAGUAAAAUUGAUGUGAACAUGUUUCGUGAAACACCUUUUAGCUAUAUUCGUUUAGGUACACCAACGCCAUUUAUUCAGCUGCAUGUGUAUUGUAUAUUUGUAUGCGGUAUGCACUAACUUAAUGGUUGUUUAUUUAUAUUGCUCCAAUAUUGUAUAUUUUACUAUUAUAACGAUGUAGAUUAUAAAUAUAAUUUUCUCAUGUAAUAUAUUGAAAUUAUAAUAUAUAAUAUAAUAUUAUAAUGUUAUGGGGAUUGCAAAUGGUCGAUUUUUUGAAGGAACACGUUAUAGGGUGCAAUGGUGCAUGCGACACCGAUCGGUUAACUCCGUGGUUUUUUCGCUGAAAAUAAUAUGUACUUACUUCUUUUGUAUUUUUGUAAAUCAUAACGAUCGUUCUGUUUAACAGCAAACACAGAAUAGAGAUUUUAAUUUGUCGUAAAUGGUGAAUGUUAGUUUAUAGUGGGGUUUCCGCAAUUUUAAUUUCUGAAAAUUUAAGAUUUUAAACCUAAUUUUAUUUAGGAAAGGUUAAAAAUGUAAAGUGGAAAAUUCUAUUUCUAGUAAUCUUUAUGACAAAUUGAGAUGUUUUCAGAAAUGUUAUCUAUGUUUAUUAGUUUGAUGAUCGGUACGAUUGAUCAAAAAUGGGGAUAUUUUUAUACUAAACAAUGACUGCUUGCAACCCCCCGACGCCUAUAAAUUAAAACGCAUGAUGUAUAUGAUUGUAUACGCUGUACGUUUAUUGAAGUAUUAUAAUAAAUAAAUGUAAUUAUGUACAAAUAUUGCUUUAUAUAAUUUUUUUUUUGGAAAUAGUUAUUACUAGGUAUACUGCCUACAAUAGCGUUACGUCUGUGCUCAAUUAAUUUUGUAUUUUUUUCUUUACUAUGGUUACCAAUAACAGCUAUUUUUAACUCAUUUGUGAGCAGCGGUCAAACGAAAAUAUAAUAUGACGUCUACGACAAAACAAUAUCUUCAUAUUCCUCUUCAUCACCCUAGCUUACGAUAAAAAGGCCCAACAAAUGUACGCUUUGUAAACUCAAGUGUGGUAACUCGCUACUGCAGCUACUUGGUUAUAUACCCGCACAAAACCAAUAAAGCGAUCCUAAUCGAAUUCUAUACAUAAAAUCAAAAUUAAAAUACCAUCAAAAUGUCUUAAUGUUUGGAGCUCAAAUGUGAUAAAUGUACGCGAUUUAACAUAGUUUAUCUCCCCGUUUUACUGAUAUAUAGUUAUGGCAUUAUGCUGAGCAAAUAAUUUCGGUACCUAUCAUAUCAUGUUAAAACAUUUUAAUGGUGACGAACAAAAUAUAAAAUCUGACGUACGCAUCUCCACGAAAGAAAUAAAAUAAUGGUAAACGAGCAGCUUGAAUGAUUUACAGGCGUCUGUUGACAAAUCAUUUCUAGGCGGACCCCUAUUUAAGUGACACUCGUUGUAACCUAAAUUUAUCGACAGGUUAUUGAAAUCGUAUACAAUAUGUAUGUUUAUAAAUUAUAAUAUAUUUAUUAUACAUAUAACAAGACGUGUACAUGGAGAUAUUUUUCACAUUUCAAGACCAAGCAAUUUUAUUACGUCUUCUAUCACGGGAUAUUGACGAGCGUGUUUCAUUUUAGUUCCAUUAUUUUUUUUAUUUUUUUUUUUGGUCCACAGACAAGUACAUUAUUUCAAAACAUAAUAAUAUAUUACGUCCUACCUCCGACCAAAGUUACCACGUUUACCACAAGUGUUCGUUUCGACGUUGAACCAAUAGCAAUAUUAUUACAUUUUUUUUGGCUAUAAACACUCGUAUGCAUUUAAUAUAUAUUUUGUCAUUCAAUAUUAGGCGCCACUGUAUAAUUUGUGCAAUAUUAUUCAUAAUCUACGUGUGGCAAAGCUUAAUAGAAAAUGAACUAAAAUUACGCUCCCGGUGUUUUCAGAACAAAUCUCAUUUAUUACUAAACCUACAAUACGUGUAUAGAAUUAUUGAUUUUAAUCAUCGUGAGUUAUGGAUUCGGGUAUUCUAAUUUAUUAUGCAAAGGGUUACUUUACCUACAUGUGAACACAAAUAUGAUAUUAAAAACAAUGAAACCAAAACAUAAAAAACAAAAACAAAAACAACGAGAAAUAAAGUCUAUUUUUAAAACCUUAAAUUUUAUUAUAUUAUAUUGUUCAUCAUAUUAUUAUGUUAGGUACAACAUAAAACUUUAAAUGAAAGUAUACAUUUCCUGAAAUUUUUUUAAGAUUCAUAAUUUAUCUUAUACAUACGAUAUCAUUCAAAUACCUUUGAUUUAUUUUUUAAACCACAACAUUUAUUUCAAAACUAAAAUAUAUGAAAAAUAUUACAUUUACAUUCUAGUUUUUAAGAACAGACUAUGAAUACAAUACAUACGAACUACAUUUUCCUCGCUGCAUAAACUUUCAUUUAUAUUAACAGUGAAGACUUCCUGGAUCUAUACUUUACAAACUAUAAUAUAAUCUAUAGCAGGGGUGUCCAAACCACGGAUCGUGUCUAACAAAUUUUACUAAAAUAAUUAGUAUUAUUCCUUUUUCUGAUGUUUAUAAUAUUUUUCAUUAUAUUAAUAUGAUGCUCGCGACUCUAUCUUAUUGUAGGCCAUUUGUGGUCCAUACGAUUUAAUAUCAUUAAAUAGGUACUUAUGUAUUUAUAAAUAUAAAUAUACACUUAUGCACAAUAUAACUUCUGAAAUAUGAAUAAAGAAUCUACCAAUAGUACUUAUACUAUUAUUUAUAGCUAAAACUAAAAUCUGUUCGAAAACUAUUUUAGAAACAAAUGUUAUCAAUAAUCAUAAUAUUACUAUGUUACUGUUCUAUACUGUUUUAGGUCAUUUGAAAAUCACUGCUUGUUCUAAAUUUUAUGAGAAACUUAUUAAUUUUACAAAAGUGGAAACAUUUUUUAACUAACGUAUAGUUUUAGUUAAUUAUUAGUUAUUAGAUUCUUAUUAUUUCCUGCUUUCACAAAGCUUUAUAUAAAAACGCAAUUUUACACACAUUUAAAAAAACAUCCUUAAAAUUGAAUUAUAACUUUUAAAUCAUAAUAAUAUAUGAUCUAAAUGUAUGAAAUAUUAAAAAAUAUAAAAAUAAUAAUAAUAUUCAAAAAUGUAUUCACUUCGGUAUUCGAAUAUUUGAUAUAUUAUCUGCUUCUACUUAGCAUAAUAUACUAUUAAAAAAAAAUACCAGAAAAAAUUGACCAAUGUUCGAAAGUCCUUGCUCUAUUUACCAUACUUUUUAUCAUCAACUAAAAGUAAAAACAUAAUUCUAAGUUGGACGUAUUUUAUAUUAUUUAUUGUAAGCAUCAUAUCAUUAAUUUUAUUAUAAUUUGGCCAUGUAAGAUAUCUUACAAUUAAAAAUGUAGUCUUUUUUAUAAAAUACCAUAUAAGUAGUUUAGAUUAUCUAAUUAAACUUAUUGUGAAUCGUGUAAUAAUAUUAAUAUAAUAUCUAAGUUAAAUCCUGUUAAUAUUUUAGAAUAAUAUUAAUAAGCUUAUUAAUGAUCAAUAGUAGUUAGUAAUUAGUGGAUAAUAAAAUAUAAUUGUAUUAUUUGU